AUGCGUACCGCGAGGAAACAAAGGACAAGUGGAUUGUUUUUGAGUGUUCGAGCUCGCAGUGCAUUCUUGCCGAUAUACCCUAGCUCAGCCAAACCCGCUGGACAACUUCAGCCCAUCGUUCCAACUGCCAUCUGUGAGGGCUACCGCGGCAAUGGUGGCUGCUCGGCUCUCGUCUACCAAGCGGGAGCCAGCAGGUGCUUUGAUCACCUUCGAAACAGGCCUAGCAGAGCCACAAUCGAGUUGAUCAGAACACGGCUCCGACAGGGCAUUUGGUCCUGCUCCAAUUGCUUCAAGCGCGUUGCGGCGAACAACGUGCCCAACUCGCUCUGUACUCAUUGCAUUGGCAAAAAGCGCCUAGACAGAGGCAAACGUCAGAAGGCCACUAGUUCGACCAGAAAGUCUGCCAAUCCAAACAAGGGCAGCAGCACCAAGUCUAGUGGUUCUGGAACGGGCACCGUGGCUGCCUCCAGUGCCAAGCUGGCAGCCAAGGGAGUCCUGAACGGCCGGAUCCAAAAGAAAACUUUUUCCCAGACAGCCCAAAGUGUCCAGGACGCUGAUGAGUCUGAAGAAGGCGAUGCCGAUGACGGAGAUUGGUUGGUCGAUGAGCCCAUGUUCGACCUCCCUUUCGACAGAAAUUUGGAUCAUGAUGGUGAUGGCGGUGCGGGCGGUUUCGGAGCCCCAGAGACUCUGUCUCAAGUGGUGUUCUAG